AUGUUGGUCCUUGCCGGGCAGCAGUUAUUCGCCAAAAGAAAGCUCACUGCGGGGGACGAAAUCUAUGUAGGGUCUCAAAAAGACGGCAGUAUUGAACUCGUGGUUCUCGGUGAUAAAGUGUCGAUUACCAUGAAAAACGCCUUCUUUGCAGAUCGCAUGGAUGGCAUCGAGAGUACCACGGAGCUGCGCACGCGACGAUUCAUGUUGGCCGAUGUGGGCGAAUAUUUCCAAGGCCGCCCUUUUGAUUAG